ACAGAGGUCACAUGACGACAGAAGCAAAGAGGGCCGCCAAAAUGGAGAAGAAGAUGAAGAUUUUGCUUGGCGGCUACCAGUCUCGUGCCAUGGGACUCAUCAAGCAGCUGAAUGACUUGUGGGACCAAAUCGAGCAAGCUCACCUGGAGCUGCGCACGUUUGAGGAGCUAAAGAAACACGAAGACUCUGCCAUCCCAAGGAGACUGGAGUGCCUGAAGGAAGACGUUCAGCGGCAACAGGAAAGGGAGAAGGAGCUCCAGCAGAGGUUUUCAGAAUUCAUGCUGGACAAGGAAACGUUUCAGUCGAAAUACUGAGCGGCACAUCACGCUUCAGCCGUCGCUUGCGGCACUCCUGAAAGGCCGCAGAUCCAUUUCUCCAUCCGUAUCUCAAGCAAGUUCAAGCAAAUUAUACCGCAUAUUGUAUUUUUUAAAAGACUUCCGUUGUACCAUGCGUUAAGGUUGUGGACCUUUUUGGGUCGUUGUUUGGGAGGAGAGAGAUCAGGUGAAAAACAAACAAAAAAAUUGGAAUUCGGUCCCUGAAUCCAGCGAGGACAGUUUGCAUGCAGUCAAAAUCCCUGUGCGAGAUAAAAAUCCCAGCACCCAGAGUUACGUAUGCAGAGAUCCUUGCCUGGUCAGGCGUAACUCCCAAACCAGAGGAAGCGAAUUAUGCCAAAGUCCCGUUGAAAGCACUGGGGCAAGCUGAAUGGCGACUAACUUGUACCUGUCGUUCCUUUUAGAGACUUAAGCAUGUGCUGUAUAUGAAGUCAGCUCCGACAGCACUAAAGGGCAAAUGAGAGGGGAAAUAAAUCAAGCCCUGCCCCUUUGUGUGUGUGUGUGUGUGUCCCCAAGAUCUAACAGUGCCAGCGAUUUGUGUGGCAGAAGACCUUUCCUUCCGCAUGCGUGGGGUUGGCCGCUGCCCGCAAGGACGUGGAGAUCAUGGUCCCAGCAUUUUCAUAGUAAAUCACUCUGGAUCUUAUUUUUAGUCACAUUGUCAUUUGCUGAAAUUUCCAUUUCCCUGUGCUUCUAGUAUUUUACCAUGGUUAAGAUCAACGAUGUAUACACAUAUUGUGUACCAGUGCGUGUG